AAAGUGAAAUUAAGAAAAAUCUCAAGGAGGUUGUAAAAGCGGUGCUAAACCUGGAAAAGAAAGUUAGAGAAAUCCAUCAAGGAAUUUUUUAUGAGUUAACUGAGAUAGAAGAAACUCAAAAAGAUGCUCAAGAACAAAUAAAAAAACUACUGCAAAAGAAUGGAGUUGAAGUUAGUGAUUUAAAUUCUAAUUUAUGGGAAGCAGAAAUAACUAGUCAACAAGAAGUGAAAAGUCAAGUUGAAGUUGUUGCUAAUUAA